AUGUCUUGGUGGCAAUUUCCUUGCCGUAAAACUCAGCUCUGGCUGGAUGUAACGCUUUCUUGUGGUCAAUCAUUUCGGUGGCGUCAAGAUGCAGGUAGUGGUGAAUGGAGAAGUUGCCUUCCAGGAAGUCUAUGUGUGUGGAGGCUCAAACAAACUGUUGACGCUGUUUUAUACAAACUGGAAUCACCGAGUGAGAAAGAGAGUAUUCUUUUAGAAGAGUCAGCUCGACAAACAUUGUUUGAUUAUUUUAAUUUUGAUGUGGAUUUGGAGUCUCUCUACACGGAAUGGCAACGAGCAGACAGGAAUUUUGCGGAACAAUCAGCAAGAUUGAAAGGAGUUAGAAUGCUUCGUCAAGAUCCUACCGAAACUCUUUUCUCAUUUAUUUGUUCAUCUAAUAACAAUAUUGAACGAAUCAGUGGCAUGGUGGAGAAACUGUGUGUAACAUAUGGAGAAUACAUUCUGGAGUUUGACGGAAGACAAUAUUAUACCUUCCCUGUUCCACACGUCUUAGCAGCAGAGGGUGUUGAGGACAAACUUCGGAAGCUUGGGUUUGGCUACCGAGCAAAGUAUAUUCAUCAGACAGCGAAAGUAUUGGCAUCCAAACCAGAUGGGUGGUUAGAUGAACUCAGAAAGGCACCUUACAGAGAGGCACAUGCAGAGCUUUUAACUCUACCAGGUGUUGGAGCAAAGGUUGCUGACUGUAUCUGCUUGAUGUCACUUGACAAAAUGGAUGCCAUUCCUGUGGAUACCCACAUGUGGCAGAUUGCAGCCAGAGACUACAAACUGAAAGUGACAAACAAGUCACUUACCACAAAAGUGUACAACGAAAUAGGAGAUCAUUUCCGGAAGCUCUUUGGCCAGUACGCUGGCUGGGCUCAUUCUGUACUGUUCAGUGCUGACUUCAAGAAAUUUCAAUCCAUCCAAGUGGAAAGAAACAAAAUUGAGAGUAAUGUCCAUGUAGAGGACAGUCCUGUGCAUCAAGAAGAGGUUGAAGCUAAUUUAGUCACAAGCAAAUCGGCAGCUGCCAAAAGAAAAAGAAUCAUCUAGUGGUAA